CCGGCGGCCUCGCUCGCACUCCGGCUCGGCCGCCCCUCCGCGCUCGCCCCGCCGCUCCCGCCGCUCCCGCCGCCGCCGCCGCCCCCGGCCCCGCGCCGCCGCCGCCAUGGACGCCAUCAAGAAGAAGAUGCAGAUGCUGAAGCUCGACAAGGAGAACGCCUUGGACCGAGCAGAGCAGGCGGAGGCCGACAAGAAGGCGGCGGAGGACCGGAGCAAGCAGCUGGAGGAGGACAUCGCGGCCAAGGAGAAGCUGCUGCGGGCGUCGGAGGACGAGCGGGACCGGGUGCUGGAGGACCUGCACAAGGCGGAGGACAGCCUCCUGGCCGCCGACGAGACCGCCGCCAAGCUGGAAGAUGAGCUGGUGUCGCUACAAAAGAAGCUCAAGGGCACCGAAGAUGAGCUGGACAAGUACUCCGAGGCUCUCAAAGAUGCCCAGGAGAAGCUGGAGCUGGCGGAGAAGAAGGCCACCGAUGCCGAAGCCGAUGUUGCUUCUCUGAACAGACGCAUCCAGCUGGUUGAGGAAGAGUUGGAUCGAGCCCAAGAGCGUCUGGCAACAGCCUUGCAGAAACUGGAGGAGGCUGAGAAGGCAGCAGAUGAGAGUGAGAGAGGCAUGAAAGUCAUUGAAAGUCGAGCCCAAAAGGAUGAGGAGAAAAUGGAAAUUCAGGAGAUCCAACUGAAAGAGGCCAAGCACAUUGCUGAAGAUGCCGACCGCAAGUAUGAAGAGGUGGCCCGUAAGCUGGUCAUCAUUGAGAGCGACCUGGAACGUGCAGAGGAGCGGGCUGAGCUCUCAGAAGGCAAAUGUGCCGAGCUUGAAGAAGAGUUGAAAACUGUGACCAACAACUUGAAGUCACUGGAGGCUCAGGCUGAGAAGUACUCUCAGAAGGAAGACAAAUACGAGGAGGAGAUCAAGGUCCUUUCUGACAAGCUGAAGGAGGCUGAGACUCGGGCUGAGUUUGCGGAGAGGUCAGUAACUAAGUUGGAGAAAAGCAUUGAUGACUUAGAAGAGAAAGUGGCUCAUGCCAAAGAAGAAAACCUUAGUAUGCAUCAGAUGCUGGAUCAGACUUUACUGGAGUUAAACAACAUGUGAAAACCUCCUUAGCUGCGACCACAUUCAUUCAUGUUUUCGUUGUUGUUUUUUGUCUUAUUUUGUGUUUUUGAUUUUGUUUUGUUUUUAACACCAUGCUUACCAUGAAACCCCUUAAAUACAUUUUUAUUUACUUUUACCACUGUCACAAAAACACAAGUAUGGCUGCAUCAUGGGCUGGGGAAACACACACACACAAAUACACAAAGGCAGGCAUGUGACAGAGCGAGGGCGAUUUCAAUGUGCCAUUUCCCAGGUUGACGUUGCCACAUUCAUGGGGUAUGCUUAGUCAGUCUAGCAACCCUCACUGAAGCAGAAAGAUUUCCACUCAGAGUGCCAACGACACAAUCAGCAGGAAGAUCGCUGUGGGAAACAAUCAGGUGUGGAUUGGUGCUACGUGAAACAAAAGGUCCCACUGUGGUCUUUUGUUCGAUGUUGUACAAUGUAGAAUUCUAUCCAACACUAAUUUAUUUUGCCUUGAGUUUUACUAUGAGACGAGACUGUGGAUUCUGUAUGUCCGAAUUCAUUAAAGCCAGGAGUUUGUAAGCCACGCUGAUCUUUCAGGACUUCUAUUUCCUUCUAAUCAGCACACUUGGAUAGUAGGCAAUGUGGGUUUCCACUCUUUCUGUGUCCUCAUGUUAAAGUGGAAGUUUAGGCACUACAUACAAUUGAUAAAGAAAAAAAACAUUUCCUUACGAGUGCUAACCACAGUAGCUCCCUUCCCUUUAUCCACGGGGAUAAUGGAUCCCUGAGACCAUAGAUAGUACGGAACCCUGUAUUCUGCGUGUGUUUUCCUGUACCUACAUCCCUUUUCACUUGGGGAGCACUUUACAGCUUCUCUUUGACAUGUCUGAAUUGCCACUGUCUCUACUCUUGCACUUUGGGGCCAUUAUUAAGUAAAAUAAGAGUCACUUACACACAAGCACUGUGAUACUGAGACAGUCAAUCUGUAACCAAAAGGGCAACUAAGUGCCCAGAGGGCGGGGGUCGUAGAGUGUGGAGAUGCUGGACCAAGGGACGAUGCAUGUCCUGGGCGGGACAGAACGGAGCCACACAAGAUUUCAACACGCUUCUCAGAGCGACGCGCAGUUUAAAACGUAUGAAUUGUUUAUUUCUGAAAUCUUUAAUAUUUUUCAACCAUGGUUGACCUUCGUUAACUGAAAUCGAGGACCAUGAAACCGUGGAUAAGGGGGGACUACUGUACAUAAAGACAUUGUAUAAUGAUAUGGAAUAAAAUGCACAUUGUAGGACAUUUUCUAAA